CGUCAUUUACCGGCAAGAAUAUAUUACAUUGUGUUUCUUGAAGGCGUGUCUCUGUAAUUUUCACUUUGCCCCUCUGUCUCUUUUUUUUUUUUGCUCACCCUCUUCUCAUUCUCACAUCAAUCGUAUCGCGAUAUAUCGAGUGUCUGCCAUUUUCAAUACAAGACAUACACACUGUGAAUAUGCGAUGUGUCUUGAUUCUAUUUUCAAUCUUUUUAUUUGAUUGUUAUUGUUAUUAUUUAUAUUUUUUUUCACUGAUAUAAUUUAAUAAUUUUUUUCAAUUUCAAUGUGUUUAUUAUCUAUGUGUGUGUGUGUGUGUGUGUGUGUGAUUCUGCUAACAAAAUUUUGACCAAAAAAGCCGACACUUUUCAGCGUUAAAUUUUUUUUCAAUGAAAAUUUUAUCAUUUUAGAAUCGCAAAAAGAAAAUAAAAAUUUUCACUUUUAUUCUCGAUUCAUUUUCGUGCAUCCGAAUUUUUCCACUCCUUGUUUGUCACAUUAUUUCAUAUCGAUCAUCCAGAAAUUUCUUCCCUUAUCGUUCUAAAGUGUAACGGGCAAUGGAUUCAAAUAAUGGUUGUACGUUAACGAAUGGACGUAUGGCGAUGACAAAUAAUGUAUCAAUAAUGAAUAGCAAUAAUAAUAAUAAUAAUAAUAAUAAUAACUCUAAUAAUAAUAACACUAAUAAUGUCAACAAUAAUGGCCAAAAUUUAAAUUCAAAUUCAGAUCCACGAUCUAAUCUGCCAUAUACGAUCGCUGGAAUUGUACAAUUUUUACAAUAUGAAUGGCAAAAAUUUGAAUUACAUCGUCAACAAUGGGAGGUGGAAAAAUCCGAGUUACAAGCUCGUAUUGCAUUAUUACAAGGUGAACGUAAAGGCCAAGAAAAUCUAAAAAAUGAUCUUAUUCGACGAAUAAAAAUGUUGGAAUAUUGUCUGAAACAAGAACGAGCUAAAUAUCAUAAAUUAAAAUAUGGUACCGAUCCACCUGAUCAUAAUAAUGAUACGACGGAUGAAUUGAAUGAUUUAAAUUUUGAACUUGAUGAAAAUGUCAACAAUAACAAUAAUAAAAAUGAUGGUGAUCAGAAAAAUUUAAAUUGGAAACAAGGUCGUCAAUUAUUACGUCUUUAUCUUCAAGAGAUUGGCUAUACGGAUACAAUAAUCGAUGUUCGUUCAAAUCGUGUACGAGCAUUAUUAGGACUUUCCAUUAAUGAUCAAGUGACCAGUGAACAAGCUGUAUCAAAAUUAAUUGGUUUAGAGAAAAAAAUCAGAAUACUGUUGCUAAUAUAAGGUGGAAAUAAUGAUAAUGAAACAUCAUCAUCAUCACCUGAUUAUAUUGAUUAUGUUCGUCGAAGAAAUAAACACAUAAAAAAUCAAACAAAUACAAUGGUCAACGAUACUGAAUCAAGUGUAUUGGCAACAUUUGAAUUUUUAAAUAAUCAAAAUGAUCAUGAAUCAAUGUCUAUGCUUGAAAAUAUUGAUGUUGAAGAUGAAGAUGUUAUUGAUCAACCAUUAAGUGAUGGAUCAGGAGGAACAAUGAAUAAUGAUGAAACUGAAGAAGUACUAAAUGAAUUUGAUAUGAUACUCAAUAAUCGUGUGGAUAAUCAACGUGAAAAUCUUUAUGAUUUAGAAAAGAAAAGAUCCGAUUGGAACUGUCCUAAUGCACGUCGAAAUUUCAUACUUGGUGAAUUAGCAUCGCUAACCGAAACGGAUAAUGUGAUUGAUAAUUGCAAUGCAUCAACCAAUAAUAAUACCUCGUCGGAAAUGCGAAAAACAUGGAGUCAAAAAUAUAUUCUCAAAUCACAUUAUGAUUGUAUACGUUCACUACGUUUUCAUGCAACCGAACCAUUAUUGAUAACAGCAUCGGAUGAUGAGACACUUAAAUUAUGGAAUAUCAAUAAAACACAGUCAACUAAAAAUAAACAGCCAAUCAAUACGGUGAAUGCAAUUGAUCUGGAACCAAUCUAUACUUAUCGUGGCCAUUCAUCACGAGUAUUAUCAUUAUGUGUGAAUGGAAAUCAAUUUUAUUCUGGAUCACAGAAUGGUGAAAUUAUAUCAUGGGCGAUACCAUCUAAUAAUAUGUAUAUGGACAUAUAUGAUCCAUAUGAUUAUAAAUUACAAUUAAACACUAUAGCCAAAGCUCAUAAUGAUGCCAUAUGGUCAUUAUCAUCGUUGACAUCACCUAAUUCACAAUCGAAUAUACUUUGUUCAUCAUCAGCCGAUAAAACGGUAAAAAUAUGGGACACAACACGUUCGAUUUGUAUGAAAAGCAUCGAAAGCGAAGAUAAAACGCCAACCGAUAUCGCUGUGAUUGGAUCGUUAAAUACGAAUCAAAACGUUAGCUCAUCACCAUUAUUAAUUUGUGCUUAUAAUGAUGGUUCAAUGGCCAUGUAUGAUAUUGAAGCUCAUUCCGGUGGUAACUCAUCAGCCAGUCCAUUGUUGUCUUUUGAAAAGUCAACCGAUAAUAAUACCGGUAGCAUCUUUUCAAUAGCUGUACAUCCAAUAAUGCCGAUUGUGAUCACCGCUGAUGAAGAUCGGUUGAUAAAACUCUGGGAUAUUAAUACUGGCAAAUGUAUUCAUUCAAUGGUUGCUCAUCUGGAUGAGGUUACUUCGGUCGAUUGUGAUCCUAAUGGAUGGUAUAUUUUAAGUGGAAGUCAUGAUUGUAGUGUUCGUCUAUGGAAUUUCGAUAAUAAAAAUUGUGUACAGGAAAUAUCAUCACAUAGGAAAAAGUUUGAUGAAGCAAUUUUUGAUGUUACAUUUCAUCCAUCGAAGCCUUAUUUUGCAUCGGCCGGUGCUGAUGGUUUGGCUAAAGUAUUUGUUUAAAAAUUAAUCCAAAUAUGAAAACAAUAUCUUGAACAAAUGCAAAAUAUCUUUGUCAAAAUUGAUGGUUAUAAAUAUAUCAUAUUAUUCUCUCCCGAUUAUGAAUGAGAGUUUUCAACAUUACACACGUUUUUUCUUAAAAAAUUAGUUUUAAACACACCAAAAAACAGAAACAUAUGCAAACAUUUUUUAAAUUGAUUCACAAAUCAAUUUUUUCAAUAUCGAAAAAAAAUACUUAAAUUACAAAUUGAUUUCUGUUUUCAUUACACAAAAUCACCCACCACCACGAACACACCCAUCGCAUUGUCAAAUCUGUGUCCUCAUUAUCCACGCCCGCCCAAUAUAAUCUGUGGUAUAUAUCAUAAUAUUUCAAGUUUUGUUUCACAA